AUGAGUGAUUGUGAUUCUCCAACCCAAGUAGAUCAAGUUGAUCAGGUUGCACAUUCAGAAGAACAUAUUUUACCUUGGCCAAAUUAUCAAAAAUAUUUUAAAGUUUUAAGAGUUAUUGAGGAUAAUUUUUUUUAUAAGAAGCUGGAAGUGAAGUGUUUAAGUUGUGUCGGUACGAAGUGUUACAAGGUGGAUUCACGUUCAAACUCUAAUAUAAGAAAACAUUUAAGCGUAAGUACAAUUUUAUUUUUAUACCUGCCUAUGACAGUUGGCCUAUCUAAAUAA